AAACAGGAAGUUCAAACACAGUCACAUGAGUGACGCCCUGUCACAUGAUGUUUUCCAGACGUUGCCAUUCUUGAUGGAGAGCUAAUUUCAAAGGCUGUAGAAUCAGACAGUGACAAACAACAUGGAGACAGAGGGGAGGGCAGAUGAGAGUUCCUCGUCUCAGCGUGACCCUCCUCAGAACACUGGCAGCUACGAAUUCAGCCUGACUCCCCAGGACUCCCAGCCUGCAGAGAAAUCAGUCCCUAUUGAAGAGCCCAUUGUAGUGGACAGAAAGGCCAUAGAGAAACUGACAGAAGGCUUGCUCUCUCACUACCUGCCUGACCUCUACAGCUCCAAACAGGCUCUGUUGGAACUCAAUCAAAACCAAGUCAUCCUGCUGGACACACUGGACCAAGAAGUCACCAAAUUCAGAGAGUGCAACUCGCUACUGGAUCUAAACUCACUGUUCACAGAGGCCAAGUUUUAUCACGGUAAACUGGUUAACAUACGUAAAGACAUGAUCAUGCUGCACGAGAAGACAACUAAACUAAAGAAAAGAGCGUUGAAGCUGCAGCAGCAGAGACAGAAGGAGGUGAUGGAGAAAGAACAACAGAGAGAGAAGGAGCUGGAGAGAGAGAGGCAGCUGAUUGCCAAACCUGCCCAGAGAACAUAGAACCAUCCAUGAACUCUGUCCUAACUCAGUCACUGCCAACUAUACUAUAGAGCCAAUGACGAGGGAUGCAUCACACAUGUCGAGGGCUCCGAUCCUGACCCCAUCUCUGGUUGUUGAACAGUAGACCAACUCUAUUCCAAGAUGACACAGUUCAUCCAUGGUUGUUGUCAGAACGUCAGACAUGAUUUGGUCUCUUGUAUGCAGAGGUGUUAGGACAAGUACUGCUUGUAGGUAGUUUUAUAUUCAGAGGUGUCAAGACGAUUACUGCUCCUUGUUAGUUUUUGUGGCCAAUCAUGCUGUUUAGAUCAGAAACAGCACACGCCAGCAGUGAUUAUUCCUCACUUCCUCCUAAAUGGCUGUAAUAAUAGAGAUGUCUGAGGUGAAUAAAAGAGAAGAGCAGAUGAAGUC